GUGUCCUCCUCUAUAGACAUGAUCUGGAUCAGUCCUGGGCGCCCGGAGGAUCCUCGGAGACAUCAUGGAGACAAGGACGGACCCUUGUGACACCUUCUACAACACCUCGGACGGGAUGUGGGACCCCAACAUGUCCAAUGUCCUGAGGGACCGGAGCGGGGGGAACCUGAGCAGCCGGGUGGAGUCCUGUGGGGGCUCAGUGUCAGUAGCUUUCCCCCUGUCCAUGAUGAUCACUGGGCUGGUGGGCAAUGCCCUGGCCAUGCUGCUGAUCUACCAGUCCUACAAGAAGAAGGAGAGUAAGAGGAAGCACUCAUUCCUGCUGUGCAUCGGGUCCCUGGCACUGACCGACUUCACCGGGCAACUCCUCACCAGCCCCAUAGUCAUCUCAGUCUACCUGGCCAAGAGGCAGUGGAGCCGGGUGGACCCCUCCGGGCACCUGUGCCCCUUCUUCGGCCUCAGUAUGACCAUGUUCGGUCUGUGCCCCCUGUUUAUCGCCAGUGCCAUGGCUAUAGAGAGGACUCUGGCCAUCAGGUCCCCUCACUGGUACUCCAGCCACAUGAGGACCAGAGCCACCAUCACAGUGUUACUGAGCAUCUGGGGGGCAGUGCUUGGCUUUGCCCUCUUACCCCUGGUGGGCUUGGGGCACUACACGCUGCAGUGGCCGGGGACCUGGUGUUUUAUCAGCACAGAUGACAGGACUCCAGGGAACAUCGUGUUUGCUGCCACUUUUGCCUCUCUUGGCCUCCUGUCCCUUGGCACCACAUUCACCUGCAACCUGGCGACCAUCAAAGCCCUGGUGAGCCGGUGUAAGAGCAGGAGCUCGGCCUCCCAGGCCAACAAGCAGUGGGAGAGGAUUACAAUGGAGACCAUGAUCCAGCUGAUGGGAAUCAUGUGUGUUCUGUUCGCCUGCUGGUCGCCACUUCUGAUCAUUAUGCUAAAGAUGAUCUUCAACCAUACCUCAGUGGAGCGCUGCGACCCGACCUCGACCACGCAGAGUGCCGAGCUUCAGAAAGACUGCAACUUCUUUUUGACGGCCAUUCGCUUGGCCUCGCUGAACCAAAUACUGGAUCCCUGGGUUUAUCUCUUACUCAGACAAAUCCUCCUCAGAAAGUUCUGCCAAGUAGCCAACGCCGUAUCUAACUGCUCCAAUGACGGAACGAAGGGACAGCCCAUCAUCCUGAGCACCGAAGUGAGAAAACCCUUGGCCUGAGAACAGGAGAGAACACGCAUGCUAUAAAAAAAAAAAAAAAAAAAAAAACUUGGAAACAAUAAAUAAAUAAAAAAAGUUAAAAAUGUGAAAUGGUCCAUCCGGGCCUUGGUUCCAGAGAUGGAAUAUUUAGCUGCUACAUGGACUACACUUUAAUUUAUCCUCCGUGCCAAAUGUCUAAA